AUGCGCGUUUCUCUUCCUGUCCACCCCGUUUAUAAAACUAGAAGUGAAGUGGCCACAGUGGAUUGGAUUCGCUACGUAACAGAUAUUCUUACGCCCAGGAUCAUCGCUUACAAUGAUACUCGCGAAAGUGAGAUUGGGUUCGAAUGGAUCCUUAUGACGGAAGUGCCUGGGAAGCCUCUCGCCGACUUAUGGCAAUGCCUGUCCAUUGCCGCAAAGUCAGACUUGGUCAAGAAAUUCGCAGGAUUUUCCAUCUCCCUGUGGAGAAAUCAGUUGAGGGGGAUCGGGAACAUUUACCCACCAUCGGUGACGGCCAACGAAAAAGCUUCAGCUGGGGAUCCCGCAGCGAGUGGCAGUCCGGAACACCUAGUGAAUGCCGUCCCAAAGACAGGGCAAAUUGUCUCUCUCGAAUUUCUCUGGGGAUCUCAAGCCCGUCGGAAUGUGAACCGAGGCCCAUUUCUCUCUAGUCAAGACUGGAUGGAGGCACGGCUUGCUUUCGCCAAGAAUGACUGCCAGGAAAUAUUGGCGAAGUAUCCCGCAGGUGACGACCUUGAUAGCGACGCUGAGGAUGGAUUGGAAGCUACUACACAGACGCUAGCGCUCAUUGAAAAGCUGGAAAACAUUUUCCCACGUGUUUUCCCUCUCGAUAAAUAUGUCCCAGAGCCAAGCGUGGUCUUCCAUGAUGACCUAUCACAGCAUAAUAUCUUGGUGAGCGAGAAAGGCGAGUUGACGGGUGUACUAGAUUGGGAGUGCGUUUCAGCACUACCAUUAUGGAAGGCCUGUUAUCAUCCUACGUUUCUGUAUGGGCGUCCUCGAGAUACGAAGCCCAAUAUCGAAAUGUACGAUAGAGGGAAUCCUCCCCCUGGUAGUGCAUUCUGGGAACAUUUGCAUGAUUAUGAGGUAACACUUCUACGAGGCAUGUUCUUGGACGAGAUGAGGAAGUCGGAGCCGGGAUGGGUGAACAUCUUUGAUAUGAGUCAUCUUCGUCGAGAUUUUGAUACUGCUGUGCAAUAUUUUGACAAUGGGAUUGUCCGUCACAUAAUUGAGAAGUGGGUUGAAGAUGUCACUGCCGGUAAUGAAGAUCCACAAAGCUUACGUGAUAGCCUUGGGUGUUAA